AUGGGGAACCACGGCACAUUUCAUCGUUCUGUUACCCUACAAACCUUAACUGUCUUCUCCCUCAUUGCAGUUUUUGCAGCAGAUCAUGUCAAGGGACAAGAUGAUGGUUGCCCACCUUUCUCCUGUGGACAUCUCCAAGACAUAUCGUAUCCUUUCCGUCGGCAAGGAGAUCCUCUUAAGUGCGGUGUUGAAGCAUACGAGCUGGGUUGUACCAGUAGCAAGGCUACAAUUCCCAUCAACACGGGAACAUACGACGUGACUGCGAUCAAUUACACUGGUUCCUACUUCUGGGUCAUGGACACCAACUUUGAUGCCAACAGCAGCUGCCCUCUUCCACUGUGGAAUCACCUUUCCUAUUCAUGGGUUGGCACAACUGAUUCAGAUUCACGUGGCUAUAGGAAUUUGGCCACACAAAGCAGUCACACAGCAUGUUUUGUUAAUUGUUCGCGAGCAGUGACAAAUAAUAGUUCAUACAAGCCCAUUGCUUGCCUGAGUGCCGGUAAUUCACAUGUUUAUGUCUGGGUUGGCUUCUCUUGUUAUGUUACCUAUCUUGAACCAUAUUGUGGAUACCUGGCCAUGAUUCCAUUUGGUGAGGGAACUUCUUCUGAUUAUGUGCUGCCACAGAAUGCAAGUCAUGUAGAUAUCACAGAACUCAUAAAGAAGGGGUUUACUGUCAAAUUUCCUGUGAACAUUGAUGCCCGGAUUGGUUCUGUCUCCAAGGCUAUCAAUAUAUGCAUCAAUGAUUCAAUCAGCUUCUUCAAGGAGCAAUUAUCUGAUGCAAGUAUCAUGAACUUGACUCGUGCUUUCUUUUGGAGUGAUAUGCACUUCUUCGAAUGUUUGUUUGAUAGAUACUACAUUUACGACUACGCAAGACUCUCUAUUUUGGCUGCUAUUGCUACCCCGAAGUUCCUUUUUGUACUAUGCAGGUUCUUGUUGGCCCCCCUGGCUCUAUGGACAUUCCUAGUCUACAAAUACUGGAAAACAAGGAUCACAAUUGACGCAGUCGAGAAGUUCCUCAGGAUUCAACAUAUUGUUGGUCCGAUGAGGUAUGCGUACACAGACAUCGUUGCAGUCACAAGCCAUUUCAGAGAUAAAUUGGGCCAAGGGGGGUACGGCUCAGUGUACAAGGGUGUGCUACUCCCAGGCGGUGCCCAUGUCGCUGUGAAGAUGCUAGAGGGCAACUCCAGCUGCAACGGAGAAGAUUUCAUCAGCGAGGUCUCCACCAUCGGCAGGAUCCACCAUGUCAACGUGGUGCGUUUAGUUGGGUUCUGCUCGGAGGAAAUGAGAAGGGCCCUAGUGUACGAGUACAUGCCCCGUGGUUCUCUGGACAAGUACAUCUUCUCUGCUGAGAAGAGAUUUUCAUGGGAAAAGCUCAACGAGAUUGCUUUGGGCAUCGCCAGGGGGAUCAACUACUUGCAUCAGGGUUGCGACAUGCAGAUUCUACACUUCGACAUCAAGCCGCACAACAUCCUCCUCGACAGCAAUUUUGUCCCGAAGGUUGCUGAUUUUGGACUCGCCAAACUGUACCCAAGGGGCGACAGUUUCGUCCCGCUAAGUGCGAUGCGGGGUACCAUCGGCUACAUAGCUCCCGAGAUGAUCUCCCGGAGCUUCGGUGUUGUAUCGAGCAAGUCCGAUGUGUACAGCUUCGGGAUGCUGCUUCUAGAGAUGGCAGGUGGAAGAAGGAAUGCCGACCCAAACAUGGCGACCUCAAGCCAGGCGUACUACCCAUCAUGGGUAUACGACCAGCUGACUCUGCAAGGAGAAGCAGGCGAGAUGUCUCCUGUUAUUGCUGACAUGCACGAGCUGGAGAAGAAGCUGUGCGUCGUCGGAUUAUGGUGUAUCCAGAUGAGGUCUUGCGACCGGCCAACGAUGAGUGAGGUCAUGCAGAUGCUGGAAGCUGGGGCUGACGUCCUGCAGAUGCCGUUGAGGCCAUUUUUCUGCGACGAAGGGCACAUCCAUGUGGAGGACUCGUACCAUUUCACUUCCGAGUUGACCACGGUGUCGGAGGCAUUGACUGCUGUGUCUGAGGAGGAUGAAGAGUGAAAUACUACAUGAUAUGUGAUCUGACUUUAUGUUUGCAUGUUUAUA